AUGUCAUCGGGGAAGAAAUCUGAACAGGCACUUGCGCCGACCUUUGGGUUUGGCGAUCUCAGCCGUGAAGAGAUCAACACGGUUCUCAGUCAAGCGGGAGUCUCGCUAUUUCCGCCAAAGAAGACUCCAUUUGCAACUGGUAUACAAAGAAAGCGACCUCAACCGCAACAGCAGCAACAACAACAACAACAACAACAACGUAGCGAACAAAAGUUGACUGCUGAGUCUGCUUCUUCAGUGGUACCGACGAUGACAACGUCUAGUGGCCUGACCGCAACGACACCUGCACCAAUAAGCAAUGGCACAGUAAAGGAAAAACCAUUGGUCAAUGGUACCACGUCCAAACCAGCUACUACCACGACGACCACGACUGCUACAGCGGAACCUGCUACUACUACUGCUGAUGCUUCUAGUGUCACUGCUUCUUGUCCUACAACGCAACAACAACCAUCGCCACUUAGCAGCAAGUCUCCGGUUUCUGUUGCUGCAGAAACGCCCAAACCAAAACCAACCAGCUGGGCCGCAUUAUUAAAAUCAAACGAUGCUGCAUCCAAAGCAAAGACAGCCGGAGGUAGUGGCAAGUCGCCACUUGCCGGUACGCCAUCCCCACAACAAGCCAAACUUUCGGUCAACGGCGGUGCCAAUGCCAUGCUGGUACAACCACCUUCAGCAGCAGCAGCAGCACCCACAAAGUUCAUGGGUAUUGCUGAUAUUAUUAACCGCUAUGAGGCGCGUUUCGAUGGACCUUUACUCGAGCCGCGUGGUCUUAUCAACAAUGUCAACACGUGCUUUAUGAAUGUGAUCCUGCAGCCUUUGUCGCACUGCCCUCCCUUUUAUAAUUUGUUAAAGACGAUUGGACAACAUGUGGUGCACUCGUUUAGAAGCAAGACGCCCUUGUUAGACUCAAUGAUUGAAUUCAUGAACGAGUUUAGAUCAGAGCCGGCAAAGAAUGAGGAGGUCAAGGCGGAGCCCUAUGGAGAACCGUUUGUACCUGAAUAUGUCUAUGAUGCCCUGCGUGGGCAAAAGCGGUUCGAUUCAUUAAAGGGACGACAAGAGGAUGCUGAAGAGUUUCUGUGCUUUUUGCUGGAUGGUUUGCACGAGGAGAUGGUUUCUGUUUUGAAAGAAAAGAGAAAAUCAGAAGAAGCAGCUGCAGCUGCAGCGUCCACUGGCAAUGGCUGGUUAGAAGUUGGACCUGGCAACAAGACUAGCAAUCUGCAACUGACCGGUUUUGACGAUUCGCCUAUUAGCAAAAUUUUUGGAGGCAAGGUACGAUCGACACUGCGAUGCCCUGGUGCCAAAGAUUCGGCCAACCUGGAACCGUUCCAGUCCCUGCCAUUGGAUAUCCAGCCUGACAAUGUUACCACUGUUGAGGACGCUAUUCGCAACAUGACUGUGCCCGAAAUCAUGCACGACUACAUGUCUCCCAAGGGUGCACGCGUCGAAGCCACCAAGCAAGUCUAUCUGGAAACAUUACCGCCCGUAUUAAUUCUGCACAUGAAGCGGUUUGUGUUUGAUAAUGUGGGCGGCGGUGUACAAAAGCUUCAGAAACCAGUGCAGUAUGGCGCUGAGCUAACCAUCAAACAAGAAUGGCUAACGCCCGUGCAUCGGACGAACAAGCCUGUGACGUAUAAACUCUUUGGCAUUGUAUAUCACCAUGGCGCAUCGGCAGGAGGCGGACACUACACCUGCGAGGUUCGGAGACAGAAUGGAAUGUGGCUGCAUGUCAACGACACAAACAUCACGCCAGUCUCCGAACAGGACGUGCUGAUGACAGAGGAAAAUACCCGAACAUCUGAAACUAUCCACGCUGACCAGACAGCGUAUAUUCUUUUCUACAUGCGAUCAUCAUAA